AUGUUAGCUAAAAGGCGGUUUUUAAGGAAACGUAAGCAAACUACAGAGAAAAGUUCCAAAAUGCUUUUGACUGGAGGUGGUCCAGUAAAGAAGCCUACACCUGACCCAGUAUUGGACUUUGUGGAGGAUGCUGCUCCAAAUAUGGACAUUACAGUCACGUGUCCCUUUGAUAGCAGUGUAGUAUUUGAAAAUGUAGUUGCUGAGGCCAAAGAGUUUGAGGAUCCCAUUACAGAUCCCAUUGUUCCAAAACAACAGGAUUUUAAGGUUUUGUCUUCAGUUUCUACUGGCAGAAUCGUAGAAAAACCAAAAAACAUUUUUUCUGCAACUGAAAAAAAUUUAAGAAUACAAAAAAUGCAUGAGGAAUACUGUGCAACAAGAACCACAGAAUACUGUGCAACAAGAACCGCAGAUUACUUCAGUGAUUUAAUUAAUAAUUUGGAUACAAAUUCUGAACUACUUAGCGAAGUGAAGAUGUACAGGACCAAAUGUACUGCUUUAAUAGUGAACGUUAUUGCACCGUCUUUAUUAGAGGACCUUAUUUUGGACAUUGGGACUGAGAAAUGUUCCUUCACUAUUGACGAGAAUACAGCUGUGGAUAGUUCAAAAAUGAUGUCUAUGAUUAUUAAAUAUUUAAAUAUAUCAUGGCAGUAA